AUGAGAAACCACACAAUAACAAUGUUUAUCCUGUUGGGACUGACCAAUGAUCCACAAUUGAAGAUUAUGGUUUUCAUCUUUCUAUUUCUCACCUAUAUGUUAAGCAUAACUGGGAACCUGACCAUCAUCUCCCUUACCUUCAUAGAUUCUCACCUUCAGAAUGCCAUGUACUUUUUCCUACAAAAUUUCUCCUUCUUAGAGAUGUCAUUUACCCCUGCUUGUAUUCCUAGAUAUUUGUACGACAUAUCAACAGAUGACAAGACAAUCACAUAUGACAAUUGUGUCCUUCAGAUUUUUUUUACUUAUAUUUUUGCUGUAACAGAAUUUUUUCUCCUGGCCACCAUGUCCUAUGAUCGAUAUGUUGCCAUCUGCAAACCCCUGCGUUAUGUGACCAUCAUGAACAAGAAGGUCUGUAGAAGACUCAUCCUCGGGUGCUGGACAGCUAGCUUCUUGAUGAUCAUUCUCCCACCACUUAGCCUGGGCCUAAAUCUGGAAUUCUGUGACUGUAAUGUUAUUGACCAUUUUUUCUGUGAUGCAUCCCCCCUCCUAAAAAUAUCAUGUUCAGAAACAUGGCUUAUAGAGCAGAUGGUCAUAGCCUGUUCUGUGUUGACCUUCAUUAUGACCCUCAUAUGUGUACUUCUGUCCUACAUAUACAUCAUCAAGGCUAUUCUACGAUUCUCUUCUUCCCAGCAAAGAAAAAAGGCAUUUUCUACAUGUUCUUCCCACAUGAUUGUAGUCUCCAUCACCUAUGGAAGCUGUAUUUUCAUCUAUGUUAAGCCUUCAGCAAAGGAAUCAGUGGCCAUUGAUAAGGGUGUGGCAGUCCUUACUACAUCCAUUGCUCCUAUGCUGAACCCCUUCAUUUAUACUUUGAGAAACAAGCAAGUAAAACAAGCUGUCAAAGACUCAAUCAAAAGAAUUGCAUUAUUCUCAACGAAGUAA